AGAAUAAGUCGAUUGAUAAAUGUUAUUCUUUCUUCCAUAUUUAAACAGGUCAGCUGUUCGUAGAACGCGCUAUUUUAUAAUUGGAACGGCUUGAUAGCAGAACGGCGUGUGAUUAUAUCCUUAGUUUUUAUUUUUGACUCCUGUGAUAGAUUGUCUUGUAAAUAAUAAUUUGGAAUGGCCGAUUCGGAAUUGUCUGCGAUUUUAACGCAGCGGCAAAUUUUAAACAACGAAAAGAACGGUGAUAUAUCACAACUGCCUCUGAAGAAAAAGUAUUUCAAUCCUUACACAGAAUUUAAAGAAUUUACUUUAAAAGAAAUUAGAGAAUAUGAAAGUAUUUUCAAAAAGUUCGAUGUUGGUAAAGAUGGUUUUAUAGAUUUGGAAGAACUGAAAAGAAUGAUGGAAACCCUGAAUGCACCACAAACCCAUCUGGCGCUGAAAGAAAUGAUAAAAGAAGUGGACGAAGACGGAGAUGCCAAAAUAAGCUUCAGAGAGUUCAUGCUCAUCUAUAAGAAGGCGAAAGCUGGCGAACUUGAUUUGAAUGGUGGUCUCUCUCAGUUAGCUGAACUGACAGAAAUUAACGUUGAGGAAGCUGGCGUCGGAGGCGCUAAGAACUUUUUUGAGGCCAAGAUUGCUGAACAGUCCUCCAAAUCGAAAUUUGAGGAGGAAGUGAAGGCUGAGCAAGAGGAAAGAAGACGCCAAGAAGAAAUAAAAAAGCAAAGAUUGGCGGCAUUUAGAGAAAAAGCCAAUUUUUUCAAACAGGCUGCUACGUAACUUAUUGCAUCGAAGUGUAAUUUUGUAACAUAUCAUACAGUAUUUUCUACAUUUUAGUUUGUUUUUGUACAUAAGAUUUGUGUAAAUCUAUCAAAUUUUAAUAUAUUUUAUCAAUUGAGUAUUUUUAUUUGCAAUAAAAAUAACUUUUUUUCUGA